GGGAAAGCUGCUAUUCGUUUUUACUCGAUUUCUUAAAUACAGAAAAUUAAACAUUGUUGUUAAUUUGUUAUUGUAGAAUUUGUGGAAAAAUGGGCAGCAACGAAGAGGAUAUUAAUGCUUUGAAGAAACGUAUUGCUGAGUUGGAGAAAGAAAAGGAAAUGGUGAUUGUUAGAAAUAUGUACAUGGAACAAUUUUUAAAAGAAAACAAUAAAAAUAUUGUUUGGACUCAUUUUCCUCCACCACCUCCUCCACCAGCUUCUUCGCUUGUUAAUGUUCCAUCAAGUGGUUCAGGUUCACAUUCAAAUGGAACGGAAUCGUUAGAAAAUUGUAAUUCUAAUGAAAGAUUACAAUCGUUAAAUCAAUCACAAACACCGCAAGAUUUCAGGCGUAUCCGAAGAAAACGAUGCAACUGAAAAAAAAGAAAAGAUCAAUGAUGAAAAGAUCGAUGAUGGGAAAUCAAGAGUUGUGCAAAAAACUAAAUUUUUAAAUGAUAAUUUGGAUCCUAUUGCAUCUUCGUCUGAUGGAAGCAUUGAUAAAGGAAAUAUUUUAAACAAUAAAAAAAAAUAUACCUUUUACAGUUACUUCAGUUGUGGACAACAAUAUUAAACUUCAUCACCAUCAAAGUAAAGUUCAAUUAAGUGUAGGUUUAAAAACUGAUCAAAAUGCUGUUGUUAACAAAAAUAUUGCACAAAAUACAAAACAAUCUAAUACUACACAGAAAAAUUUGAAGAAAAGUGAUUCAAAUAUGGAGGAUUCAUCAAGUUCAUCUAAAAACAUCAAUAAAAAUGUUGUAGCUAAAAAAUAUCGAGGAAAGAAUGGCGUUCAAUCACAUCGAAACUGGCGAUCUCGGGGAGGUUAUCGCGGAGUAACUGGACAUCGGGUUACCUAUGAUGGAAAAAUGUUAUCUAUAUAUUAUCAAAAUUUUGAUAGAAAUAAAUCAUUUAAUAAUGCAGAUAAUUCUACUACUAUAGAAAAAAUUGAUGAAGUUGAAAAUUU